UUUUUAUUUUUUGUGGGAACAUUGAAGAGGGUAAGAAGUCUUUCUAAAAAAAAUCUUUGUCAGAAGAGCAGUACGACCAGGUUGACUAAGGUGAGUGUGGUGACCCAUAAGCCUCUUGAUAUAUAUUUCUGGUUUUGAUAAACAUUUAUGUGUUGUUUCCCAUUUUUAACAAGGUACUGUUGCUGAGAGUUGUAGCAGCACAGCCUUCUGUGUUUCAAAUUUUUUAUUUCACCUCUGCUGAAGAAAAUUGUCAGUUUUACUAAAAACUGUGUUUAUUAAAUAAUUCUGAAAUAUUAAUUCAUUUUCAGCUUCUUGACAUGUGUGAAACACUGUGCUUAUAAAAUCUGCCAUUGGUCAUGAUGCAGCACUUGUUGCAUGGAGUGGAGGUGGGAUGGUGGGGUUAUAGUGAAGACAACUACAUCUGAUUUGAAUUAUUUGUCAGAUAGUAUAUUUUAGUAGGUCUAUUAUUAUUCUGAAACAUAGAAAAACAAACAAUGCAUUUGAUAAUGAUACAAUACUAUCAGGAAACAUAAAAAUUCUCAGCAUGGGGUAAAAUUGCUGUGAAAUAAAACUACAGGAUGAUGUAUAUUUUUUUCUUUAAACUUUGAGACAGCAUAUCUCUUAUCAGUGCAUCCAAGCAAAUUUGUGUAAUUGAGCAUCGUAGAGCAUCCCGAUUGUUAAGAAAAGAACACUAGAAGCCUUAUCAAGCACAGUUUACCACUGGAAUCAAUAUAUGAAGUUUUUCUGUGAUCUGCUGUCAGCUUGUUAGAUUUUUUCUAUCUUGUUCGUAGCCUGUGACGCUCAGGUGUUCGUACAUCAGUCACGGCAGUCUAGUGGUUAGGGGGCUUGAUCCAUCACUGAGAGGUCCCAGGUUCAAUUCUAUGAUAUAAUAUCACUGCAUUUUUAGUAAUGAGAAUUCUCUCAUCUGUAUAUAUGAUGAAGACUUUGUGAUAAAAUGGUUUCGUUUGGUUGUAUACUGUUUAAUGUCCCUCUUGAGAAAAUUUUUCACUCAUAUGGAGAGGUCACCAUUACUGGUGAAGGGCUGCAAAAUUUAGGCCUAUGCUCGGCACUUAUGGCCUUUGAACAGGGAGGGAUCUUUAUCGUGCCACACAUGCUGUGACACGGGACCUCGGUUUUUGCGUUCUUAUCCAAAGAACCACCCCAUUUAGUUGCCUCUUAUUACAAGCAAGGGGUACUAAGGACCUUUUCUAACCUGAAUCCCUAUGGGACUUGAGAUGAUGGAAGAAGAAAGACAUAGUCUUGUGAUAGAAUUGCUUGAUCAUUUGUUGAUUUAAAUAAAUAUGCAAGUGAUAUAACAUCCCAAUGGCAAUAAUAAUCCAUGUAACAAUUUAAACUUUUAUGCAUCAUAGAAUUCAAGCAGAUCUAGAGGGGUGGUGCUGGUGGUGGCAGUUUCCCUUUGGUGAAGGGAAUGUGUAGAUUGCAACAUUAUUUGGAAUGCAUUUCUGUCUUUGGUUGAAAAUAAUUACCAAAUGAAGAAAAUGUGAUUUUGGGGGUUACAAUCCCAUUUUUGAGCAUUAUAUAAUUGUAUCAUCUUGGGUCCCAUCUUCACAAGUCAAGGUUAUCUUACGUACUCUCCACUCUUUGUGUGGAGAGCACGUAAUCACAAAACCUUGACUUUUGAGGAUCGAUGCUUGGAUCCUCUCUUUGAAAAAAAGUUCUGAAUCCUUCCCUCAAGUUAUUCAAUCAUUUAGAAUGUUCAUGAACUCUGGAAAUUCUUUUUUUUUUUCAACUAAUGGAAUGAGUCUAUAUGGCAGAGAUACAGGAUUUUACAGUUUAAGUAAAUGCUAAGUUGAUGAAAUACAAAGAAAAGAGGAAGGUUUCAGAAUAAUUCAGUUAAAGGCCUCUGAUAUUGCCCCAGGCCUCAUUACGACAGGCCAGUAUUGGGAGUAGUGAUUAGAACUUAGCCCUGAUUGCGUGUAACUAAGUAGAAGGUCUUUUCUGUGCCAUGAAUAACUGAUCAGAAUUCAGAUUAAAGAAGUCCUGAUUGAGUAGUCAAGAAUUACCCAAGAUAUUUUGGCUUCAUCUGCCAAAUUUUUUAGCUGAAGCUUCAGAAAAUUUGAUUAAGAAUCAGGGUGAAUGUGUGUUGCUUAACUGCGUGGCUUUAUUUGAAGCUUGGUGGUCAAUUAUUGUACGCAUCAUGUUAUAUUUAUGUCAAAGUGCUAGAAUUCACACAAAAUUAAAAGAAAAAUGUUUGAAUGUUAAAAAUUGGUUUAUUUUGAGUGUUCAAUGUUAUUUUAUUUGAAUUCCAUAUGUUGUAUGUAUUUUUUUUUAUACAGUGCUUGUAUUUGGUUGUGAAAAUAUACAGACAAAAGUGAAAAAAUACAAGGUUGAAUUUGACAAUGUGAUAGCAAUUUCAAGCAAAAGUGAAGAAAGUAAUGCCUUGUGCAGUUAUAUCCAAAUUUUAACAUUCCAGUCACCGGGGAGAAGUUAGUAUUGAUCAUUUAUAAUGGACUUGGGUCUACUGUACCCCCAGAGCUAUAAGGCUGAAUGUCUUAAUCUAAUGAGGACGUGCUGUUAGGAACCUUGGGGUUUUAUCAGUCACACAAUGUAGCUAAAAGUGUACAGGCUUUUGGAAACAGGAAUUACCAACCAAUUAUAAACAUGCUGGAAAGGCUUAGGAAGUGGUUGAACCUCAGACCAAAAAUAGCAAACUCUGGUUAAGUCACUGUGCAUGGCAAAACCAUUAUCAAAGUUCCCAAUCAUAAACAUAGUGACAAUUAAUAAAAGAUUAAGCCCUAAUCAUGUCAAUUUUGGACAACAUGCACUCAGUGAAUCAGUGUCUCCAUGCCUUUUUUUUUUUGCAUAAUGUGUUCCCAAACAACAUAACUCAGUGAUUCACCAAUUUUCAUGUGUUCCCAAGAUUCCUAAAAGUGCAUGGACAUUUUUUCGCACAUUGGUUUUCGUAAUGUACACUCAACAUGCAUAUGUCAGUUUGUUUUCCUACAUGGUCCCUGCCUAUACAUAAAAUAGCAGCAUUUAUCAUUUGCAUGUACAUUUGCAAUAACAGAUUUUAAGUCACAGCAAGCUACCAUAUAUUCAUACUUGUCACCAGUUCACUACCUGAGGAGAGCAGCCAUUGACUGAAUAUUGUUUGUUUGUUUACUUUUACACCCUUUGAAGAAUAUUUGAAUCAUACUGAGACAUCUCCAGCUAUAGGUGAUGCAUACCACAGAUUUAGACCUGAAUGCUUAGCACUCAAGGCUGUAGCAGUGGGGGUUCUUUAGCAUGCCAAUGCCUGCUGCAAUAUGGGACCUUCAUUUUUAAGGUAAUAUUUGAAAAACCCAUGAUUCUCACUUCUGAAUACCGAGCAUUUGGCGAAGAAGCAAUCACAACCUAUGUUUACGUCUUGGCUUUCAUGUUGCCGUAUGGCACAAGCAGGGCUCAAACUCAUGACCUGAUGGUUAAGAAGAAAGUUAACACUCCAUCACUAAGCUACCUCAACUGCAUGGUGACCUGCAUUGUUCAUUAUAUCCAAAUUUCAAUAUUAUAACCAAUAAUGAACCAUAUGAAUAAUGUUAUUGGUUAUUUAUCUUUACUUCAAUAUAACAGAUACUUCAAUAUAAGCAACUUCGAUAUAACAGUUCAAUAUAAGAUACUUCAAUAUAACAGAUGGUUCAGUAUAACAGAUAUUUCAAUAUAACAGAUAGUUCAAUAUAAGUGACUUCAAUAUAACAGAUAGUUCAAUAUAAGUGACUUCAAUAUAACAGAUAGUUUAAUAUAAGUGACUUCAAUAAAACAAAUAGUUCAAUAUAAGCGCAUGACUUCAAUAUAACAGAUAGUUCAAUAUAAGUGACUUCAAUGUAAUAAAUAGUUCAAUAUAAGCGCAUGCCUUCAAUAUAACAGAUAGUUCAAUAUAAGUGACUUCAAUGUAAUAAAUAGUUCAAUAUAAGCGCAUGCCUUCAAUAUAACAGAUAGUUCAAUAUAAUUGACUUCAAUAUAACAGAUAGUUCAAUAUAAGUGACUUCAAUAUAACAGAUAGUUCAAUAUAAGUGACUUCAAUAAAACAAAUAGUUCAAUAUAAGCGCAUGACUUCAAUAUAACAGAUAGUUCAAUAUAAUUGACUUCAAUAUAACAAAUAGUUCAAUAUAAGUGACUUCGCGAAUUCAAUAUAAUAAAUAGUUCAAUAUAAGCGCAUGACUUCAAUAUAACAGAUAGUUCAAUAUAAUUGACUUCAAUAUAACAAAUAGUUCAAUAUAUAACAGACAGUUCAAUAUAACAGAUGAGCAACUUCAGUAUAACAUAUAAUUCAAUAUAAGCGACUUCAAUACAACAGAUAGUUCAAUAUUAGUUCUUUCAAUAUAACAAAUAGUUCAAUAUAAGCAACUUCUAUAUAAGUGGAGUGGACUGUAAUUGUAAUCAAAGUACAGGAAGUAGAACCCAGAACUGUUUACUUGUACAGAUUGUCCAUAUUUUCCAUGGAUUUUAAAGUCAAAAUACGCUCUAUGGAUUCACGUUAAGAAUUUACGAUUUUCCACGAAUCUGGAAAAAAUCAGUUUCCGAUCGGUAUGAUGAAAAAAAACACCUUGUCAAUUGAAUUAAACUGGUUCCCCGCUGAUUAGUCCGAGGAGAGAAGCGAGGUCAAUAGGGAACCAGUUUAGUCAAUUAAAGUUGCCAUUGUUAAAAGCGCUCCAUUGAUACUGAUUUAUGUCAAACUUUUAAAAAAGCAUGGAUGGCGAAUGUCAGAUUGACGAGAAUGCAAACAAAACAUCCAAACCCAUUCAGAGGUUCAAAACAAGAAAACAAUAUGCCCUAAUUUUAAGGACUCAUACAGAGUGCUUUGGCCAUGCCUCCAACAAUUGAAGAAAGAUCACAUGGUGUUUUGUAGUGUGUGCAACAUGACUUCAGCUGCGGUCACGGAAGCAUAAAUGACUGCUACAGACACGUUCAGUGUAAACAACAAAAGUACCUAUCGAAGCUGAAAGUGUCUAAUAAGUCAAUGACAAUAUUCAUGGAUAUUUCUAACUUUAAUUCAAUAUGGAGUAUUUAUUUUCGUUCCAUAUUUUAUCAAGUUCAAAUUGUUUUGAAAUUAAGGGAUAAAUAGUAUGGAUGUAGGGAAUAUAAUUUAAACAAAAUUUAUUGAACAAAGAGCAAGGUCAAAAUUAUUACAACCGGCAACCUUCUACAAGGAGAUAACCUCGUGGACUCUAUAAAAAAUUAUUUUAUCAAAAUGCUGUGGUAUUUUAUAAAAUAUGACAGAUUUAAAGAAUGAUGGAAAACCAUGAUAAUUACACAUUGCAAAAUACAAAAGCAACAGUAAACAGCAACAUCCUAUUUAUAUAUACAAGGAGUUGUUCAUAUAAAAAAAGGGUUUAACAACCCGUGUAGCAUUUUUUGCUAUAUAUAUUCAACUUUUAUACUGACAAAGUGCUCAAAAUACUGACAACUUGGUUCUAGAAUACUGACAUCAGUUGGACGGGGUAAACAGGUCUGAGAACCUUUAUAAAAAUUUAAAGGAUUUUUUUUUUAUUAUUUAUCAAAGCAAUUCUGCUGUAUUUAAAAAAAAAAAAUAAUUUUGAUUUAUUUUCACUAAAUUUGUGCAUGUAAUGUUAACAUUGGUUCAUUAAACUGUAUUUACUAUAUGUAGAGACUUGGAUAUGCAAGUUAGAAUAAUGAUGGCCUGUUCAUGAUACUCAUAUUUAUAGAGAUACAAUGAAUUGGGAAAAAAACCCAUAUCUCUGUUUCAUAUAACACUGUUCACAUUUAAGGAAACUAAUCCUUCUGUAUUGGAAUUGAGUUUUAAACAUAGAAUUAUGUGUUUUAGUGGACAUUAUGCAUCAAAGAAGGGUGAAGAUGUAAGGCAGUCCACACAAAAGUCCCUUGCAAUAUAUUCAUGCGCACUGUACCCAAUGGCUUUAAAAAUUGAACUAAUAUAAGUUUUAACUUCCAAAAAUUAUCAUAAUGUGCUGUUUAAAUUUUUGGGCGUUACUUGGUAUCAAAGUUUCCAGUAUGGCAUCCUUUAAGUGUGUGAAAUUGCAUUAGCAAUUGACUGCAUGAGCAUUUGAAAAGACAAUUGCAUUAUUGAUUGAUAAACUAAUGUACAAAAAUCAAAUAGAUUGUUUAAUAUAAUCCAGAUAAAUAGCAAAAUGAGUUGAAGACCAUUUUUUGUAGAAUUAGAAAUAGCAUUCUUUUAUGCUGCUAUAAUUUGAUUAGUUGUCACUUAUAUAUGCAUAAUAAUUGUGCCAAAUGAUAGAUCUUACAUGAAAGAAGAAAGUAGGUUUUUUCAUGAUUUAAUUGCAGCAUAUUUUCAAAAAGUUCAUAGAAUCGAGAACAUGAUGCAAUCUUGCAGUAGAGCUACCCAAGAAAUACAUUUUGUCAGAAAUUAUUACACCCAUUAUUCUAAAGUAAUUAGGUCAAAGGUAGCUGUAGAACUGUAGCUCUCUGGGGGAAAAAUAAAAAUGUAUACCAGAGAGCUACAGGUCCAUCCCUGUAAAAUAUCCUUUUGCAUGCAGCUAGGUCAAGGUCAUAUUACAUUCAGCACUCAGUAUUGGCACACGGUAACCAGUUUUAAUCGAAGAACUGUGUCAGAUUUUUUAGUUCAUGACUUAAAAACCAAAAAAUGAUAAUUGUUAUAGAGACAAUUUUGUAGCUGCAUCCGCUGUAAGUGAGAUACAUUAAACAGCUACAGUCACGUAAUGAUUCACCACUAGGAGCAGUUACAAAGUAAGUGGCUAUUUUAAAUUAUGUGGCAAUUAAUCUAAAGCAGCCAUCUCACAGCAAGUGAGAAAUUAAUGAUACACUUGUCACUUGUUAGAUUGCCUCUGUUGUUUGUGAUUUCUUGUGCUAAAUGGAAUAUGCCAAGUGAUCAGUGUGAAGUCAAUCUCCAAUCUGUCAUGUCAAAUUUGAUACUGUCUGAGGCUAAUUCCCCAGGGAAUUAUUCCAUUAUCAAUACACACCAUCCAUCGGCAUCUCAGCUGCACCAGUGUACGUAUUCUACUACAAUCACAAUCAUUUUAUAAGAAGUUUUUUCCUUAUUAAUUCACACUCCAAUUAGCCACAGUUCAUUCAGUUUAUUUAUUAUUAGUUUUUUGGUUUGACAUUUAUAUACCCUCUACCCAUUACCAGAACUACUGAAAUGUGAUAUUUUCGCUAUAACAAUAGAAGAUGUCAUAAAAAUGAAUUAUUAAACUUCAGUGUUGUUGAUUCUUGGUUUUCAUUAGAGGUUACUUGACAGAGGUUCUGUUUGAUGCUUUCCACUCUUGAGUUUAAUUGAUUCUGGGGCAUGUUACUUCAUGAAUUAGGUUUGGAUUGACGCAACAUCAGAUGAUACCAGCUAGUUGUUAAAAUAUUAUCAGCCCACGGGAAGUGUUUGAGUUUUUUGCAAGAAACAAUUACAGGAUAUUAUUGUUUGUCAAUAUUCAAGCAUUGGAGCAGAAACCAGUUUGUUCUGACAUUUACUCGCAGGGCACCAUUAUGAUGUCAUAAUUACAAAACAAAUGAUUAUGUGAGGGAGUUUGCUAUUUGCAAGUUAGGAUACAUUUUCCGUUUCAACAUAACUUUUGUAUGGAUGCGUUGCGGAUUGAUUAAUUAUGAGCUGUGAGUGCUAAUACAGAAUUUUAUGUUGCAAUUACUGGCAAAAGGAUUUAUUUUUAUAAUGUGUAUUAAGUUAUGAUAAUGGGAUAAUAAUAUUUUAAGAACUGACAAAAAAAGAAAAAGAAGAAGAUUGUAUCUCAUGCAGUGAUCUCAGAGUAUAGUCAUUUGAUCUUGGAACUAUGCUUUGGAUUUAGUAAUAUUCAGAGGAUUUCUGCCUUUAGUAAGCCUCAAUAUCGGAGCAGCUCGGAAGAAUAUACAACACAUUGGAAACGCAAAAGUGAUUGGCAAUAUAUGUGCAAUUGUUUGGAUGUGAUUGAGAAUGGGGAAGAAAGGAAUUGUUUUUUCCUGAUAUAUAUCUGGAGUAAUGAAAAAUUGUAGAUGUUGCAGUCCCCUAUUGUUGAAUUUAGUAUCAUAUGGGAUAGUUUGUUAUGAUUUGUAGUUGUGUUGUGGAACAAUGAAAGACGUUUAUGGGAUUCCUGAAACUUUGCUUGAGGAGAGCAAUAUUAAUACCGUAAGCUAAUGGAUGUUGAGGUUAGAAUUAUACAUUGGGAUUAUGGGGCCUCUGGUCGAAUGAUCGUCACGGUACUUUCUCUAAGAAUAAUGAAUUUGAUUCUGGCCAUAUUUGCAUUUGCCACAACCACAAGUGUAAGCACAUAUCUUCAGGUGACAGCCACAGCAUGUCCUCCAAAUCAAACCGCUGUCCUCGAGAAAGUUGCCAUUGGUUACCCGUUUGACAUUGAGAAUGCAUUUUUCACAGCACCUUUCUGCAACAGAAGUUCUCCAACAACUAUAUAUUUGCUUAAGGGAUCCAAAUCCUCAGCGGAGUUCUACGUCUUCUUUGGAGUGAUGGUGUUUCUCUACUGUAUGGCUGCCCUAAUUGUGUACCUGUUUUUUGAGGAAUUGUACCGUAGGAGCAACUUAUGGGCUAUUGUGGACUUCGUCAUCUCAGCAGUGAUCACUCUUCUUUGGUUGAUUUCUUCGGCGGCCUGGGCCCAGGGCCUUGUGGAUCUUAAGUACUUCACAGACUUCAAAGAAUGUGGAUUGUUUGGUAGAAUUCCAGAAUGUAAGACCGUAAACUGUGUGCAGGUGGACUUCCCUAAAUUUGGAAGCCUUAAUGCCUCUGUGUUGUUAUCCAAGUCCUCUGAGACCCUUCCUCUCUGGAUACAUAAAUCCAUGGAUAAAUAUAUUUGGGUUCCUGAACAUGGUUGUUUGGGGUGGCAACCUUUGGUUCCUGUUCAAGGAAACUCCAUGGUUCAAAGGCAGAUCUGACCAAAGCCCGGAACUUGGUUCCCCCCAACAAGACUCUCAGAGAAUAUAGACUAGUAGAUAAUGUAACCACAGACAUGAAUCAAGAAAGUGCAAAAUUGUAUACUAGGUGGUUUUUUUCCUUUGUUAGGAUGUAAUUGGAGUGCUAAAAAGUUUUUUUUUUUUUUUUUAUUUUGUUUGUGUGUGUAACUUUACGAAACAUUGUGGAAUAGGGUAGUUAUAUUUCAGUGAGUGUUUGGUAAACCAUUUUGAUAUUGGAAGUCUGAAAUACAUUUUGAGGUAUGAGGGAAUUUAAUUAUAAAAUCUCACUGCAUAUUUUACCAACAUCAGCUACAAUUGUUUAUUAAUUUAUAGGUGGAGGGGGGGGGGGGGGGCAACAUUUUCAUAACAUUUUUUAUAGACUAUAUAAUAGUACUUUGUAAUUUUUAUUAUUAGUAUAAAAAGUAAAACUUCAUAUAAUUUUUAACAUCAACUUAUUGCUCUGCAAAAUUACUGCAAAGCUGGGAUGAUGAAUUCUGUCAUAGGAGACUAGCUUGUCAGUGAUGAAACAGCCAUUUAUUUAUUCUCUGUUAAAGGGCAAACAAACACCAUGAGCAAGACAGUUUGCAAUCGCUAGUUAGUCAAAUUUGCUUUUCAGAGUUAUAAAAACUGAAAACUGGUACACGUAUAUGCCAAAAUCAAACAUGUAAUCGUGAGCCAAGGGAAAUUACUGUGAAAUGAUUAUAUUAUGAUAAUAAUAAUAAUAAUGAUAUAAGGGAAACUACUGUGUAAUUAUUAUAUUUGGUAGAGUACUCUUUUAAGCACCUUUGGCAGUGGAGACUUUGUGCUAAAUCACGUAGAUCCUAAAAUGUCUAUUGUUACUGAUUAACUUUUGUUUACAUGUAGUUGCAAGAACAUUACAUGAAGUCCAAGGUAAACAAACGAAAAACUUAAUUUCCGCUUAAUAUCGAACUUGCCAAAUAUAAGACAUUUACAGUAAUCUGUACGAAAGACUACAUAGGUAUCCAUUAAUUAUGAAAUCCUAAGAAGUGAAAUCCAGGAUAUGUAAACAGAGGAAGACUGAAAAUCAAGAGCACAAUUAUCACUGGAGCUUUAUUAAGAACAUUACAAGAGUGACUUGUCAGCCAUAUUUUGUUUGGUUGGACUGCUUAAUAAAUAAAAGUGCCAUGAAUGUUUUAAACACAAAGCCUAUAGUUGAGGGUACUAACCAGUAAAUUUAUGUGACAUCUUUUUUUUUUAAGAAGGUUUUUUUUGGAGAAGGCUUAUGUUUAACUCUUUUAAAAUGAUGUUUGAACAAGGGUGGAGUUGACACCAAUGUUUUGCAUUAAAUGUAAGAUCUGUGUAGAGAUCUGACUGUGUGUGACACUCUCCAUAUCGUACUAUAUGUAUGUAUCCAUUUACUAUGCGUGAAACAAGUGUUUGAUUUUUUUGUUUUCUUUGAUGUAUGCAGCUGCUAGGUAUAUAUUCACUUCAUGUAAAUAAUUACAUUAAAGUUGUUAUGAUGUAUAUUUACAUUUAUACCAUUAUUUUAUCAGUUUUGUAUGAUUUAGGAUUUAAAUUAUGUUCCUAUAACUUGUUGAUGCUGUUUCAUUGUUUCUCUUUAAUAUAUAAAUCUUCUAUGGAAGAAAUCAAAAAGUUACAAAUGGCAUAAAGAUAAUUGUACAACACAUUGUCAUGAAAUUUAGGGACAUGUGAGUGGGUUCUCCCUCUUCUCGUGGACUAAUGAACAACUAAAGCUAUCUUGGGUAAUCUCCCUUUUUUCUGAUGUUUAUAUUCAGUUUCCAGUUGAAUUUCACAUGAUUUGAUGCCAUGUUUGUGAAUGUUUCAGUUUAUAUGUGAUACAUUGAUUUGAUUUGAUAAAAACUACACAUUGAUACCUGUAAAUCAAGACAUUCCAUCAGUGACUUUGUUAGUUUUGUGUGAUUAGGUAGUCAAUAUAUAUUUGUAUUUCUAAAAGGAAACUUCUGUCCAUAGGUUUUUCGCUUAGAGAGAAAAGACUGUUUGUGAAACAGGGAAAACAAAUACUUAGUUUCAUCAAUUUUUUUUUUAUUUUUGACUCAGAAAUGCAGCUAUUUGAACAAAUCAUGGAGUCCUAUCUCACUGACUGAUGUAAAUGGAUUGCAUCAGUUCAUUGAUGUACUUGUGUAUUUCAGAACGAAUUGUAGCUGGUAUUUUGUUACUUUAACUCUUUAUUUAUUUGUACAGCUUUAUUAAAGUGGAUAUGGCUAAUAAAAUCUUAGGUAGAUCA